AUGCCAUCUUGUCGAAUAACAAACAACACAGCCCAUCCGCUCAACGUAUGUUUGAAGCAGGUUACAGCUUUACACUUUGAGAACAGUGUUCAGCCAGGACAGACCAUCAAACUCAAACCUGGGAAGGUAUGGUUCACCCUGGAGGCAUUAGUAGACGAUGGCACCAAAAAAUCACGCUACUCGAUACUGAAAUCAGCAGCCACCAUAGCAUUGCUAUCUAUAGCGGUUGGAGCUGUUGCAGCAACGGCUGGUGCCGCUUUGAUACCGGAAGCUAUCGCUUUGGAGGGUAUCGCAGCUGCUUCUGUCGCGGGAGGGUAUUUAGCAAAAGGAUUGACAGUUACGAAAGGUGCUUUGGUCACUAACUCGGGCACCAUAGCUAAGAUAUCCUCUAUGGCUUUACCUCGAGCUAUCGAUAAAUUAUCGGCGGAGCUAGGUGGUUUGUCAGCACUACAACGGGAAGUCGCUUCGAUCAUCGCGUCGCCUACCCUUUCAUCAGAUGUCCGUCAUCGAGCAGCCACUCUUCUUAGAUCGAUACAUCAUGCAUACAAGGAAGACAAAGCGAAGUCAUCUGGGGCAACAGAAGGACCCGCUACUGGGCAAAGCUCGAGACCUGAUAAGUCGCAAAGCGAAAAGGGAUACAAGAAGUCCAAGAGUAAGAUUGCCAACGACCCAAUAACACCUCUAAGUCCUAAUGAAGCGAGAAAAUUAGAUGAACAGAUUGAAAGCGAGGAGAUUGAUGAUUUAGUUGAAAACAGACCUAUAAGUUCUGGUGAGGUACUGCGUGUCCAUGGGAUAUAUAUGAAUAAGAGGAGGGAAUUCGAGAUAAGGACUGGGGAUAAUGGGAGAUUGAUAUUGUGGGAUUUGAAAGAGAAAGUCGUGGUCACUUGA